CCAGAGGUCGUGCAGUAUCGCUGUCGACACGGCCCGGAGAUCACUAGUGCGCCGCAAUCGCGAUACAGUAAACGUCUAGCGUCUCCCAACAUGAGGGUCCUUACAGUUCUUAUGCUGUGCCUCGCAGCUUCCCGGGGUGACGAUAUAGCGCACGCAGCAGGACAAAUUUUCAACAGCAUCCUUCCCAACCUGAUCAGCAACUCUGUGACUGGACAACAGGGAAACACUGCCACCAACACCCUCUCACAGAUCGGCACCGUCGUCGGCGGAGUGGUAGACUAUGCCAAGAAGAAGAGCUACGAGGACCUGCUUCGCCAGAUCCAGGACAGCACCACCGACGAAGACCUGCUCCGCGUCGGGGAAGAGAUGAUCAACGCGGAUAUCAACAACGCUUUCAACUACAUUCAGGUCAAUUUGCAAGGCAAAACCAGUUCCAUGUCGAAGAACGACGAAGCGCAAUCUAACCUCCUCAACGUGCCUGAGAAUGUGUGGAGUGGACCCACAAUCAGACCCUUCGUGGCCUUAUUCGAUAACUACCACAAAAACAUAAUCAGGCCCGAAUUCGUAACUCCUAACGAGGAGACCGAACAAACAACUUAUAUCAACACGAUCCUUGCCACGGGCCCUAUCAGGAGCCUUGUGUCAUUCCUCGUGAACAAAGGUCUGACCCAACUGAACGAGUACAACGAGCAAGUGGACCUGCUAAGGAAGAUCUGGUUCACAAAGUACGCGCGCCACUGGUCCGGCCUCUGCAAGUGCAGCUGCGCCUUCGAAAACGUCUUCAUGGCUGAACUCAAGUCCGACGAGGUGCUUGGUCUCCACAGCUGGCUGUUCUUCGCCAAGCGCGAGCUGGACCACAAGGCCAACUACCUGGGAUACAUCGACAAACUCGACCUUCCUGGAAAAGGCAUGAUCCUCAAGCAGCAUUCAGUCCUGAGCAACACCAAAGACGCGCCCGAGGUGACCAUGUUCGUCGGGACUUCCCCCGAGCUAGAGACCGCGCUAUAUACGCUCUGCUUCAUGGCGCGCCCCGACCGGCCCUGCAAGCUGCGAUUCAACAACAUCCCCUUCACUAUCCAAACCAAAACCAUUAGGGCUGACAACUUACCGGUUAUCGAUACUGCGUACCCCACUUAUUAAAUUGAUUAAGUCUUAAUCGUUACAAUAUUCACCAUCUUUUUUACAUUUUAAUCAGUCAGUUGUGUAUAGUUACUUACAAUAAGUUUGCAGAGUUUAUACAGACUCAAUAAGAAGCUAACGUAUGUGUGAGUAACUAUUAUUGCCAGACUAAUCAAGAUUGCGCUCAGUGUAACUGACGACGUGUUAUCAAAAUUUAAAAGAGCGUAGCUAGUUAAGAACUCUGAUAACAUAGUUAAAUUAGCAAGAAAUGGAUUAAUAAGUUUGGAAGUCAGAAAUUUCAUUAUCGUCUUCCAUCUCAUAAAGUAAGUUAGGUAAACAAAUUAAUGUCAAUAACUUAUCAGGAUCGUUAAUAAUAUCAGACUGCCCAGUAUCCUCCUAUUUACUAACAUAUUUAAUUGCCAUUUAUUAAAAUGAUAUAUUUAUUUACCAUAAAAUUGCUCUCUGCUUUACUUUCUAAGUUGCGAGUACAAAUUAUAAUAUGCAAUAAUAAAUUAUCAAAUUAA